CUUCGUUCUCGUUGCGCGCUCUCGCAUUUUGCCCCAUUCGUUUUCUCGUUUAGUGAGGAGGUCUUCUAUUUACGUAUCAGCAUCAGAUGAGUGCGGAUGAAACAAUAAUCUCGUGAUUUUUCAGCAGGUCGAUUGUCCUCGCCGAAUAAACCUCAGUUCGCAAUCAAACUCAAUUAGUUAUCCGGUGUUGCGUGGUCGUACGGUGAAUUGGUAAAAUUGUUUCCGUUUUUGUGUGUCAAAUCGAUACUUGCACACAUUGCGAAAAACGAGUACCGCAGCAGAAGAACUGCUGAUGGUGAAAGGACAGGGACUGAUGUAGUGUGAAUUCCUUUAUUGGAAGCUUUGUUCAACGGGUGAAUCAUAUUGCUUGAUUUAGCACUAAUCGGAAGUUUCGGUUUCGGUAGAGAGAAUUGUCUGACGUGUUUCCACAGUUGGCAAUUCGAAGAACUAUUGCGAGCGAAUGAAGUAACAGUAUUUUUGUUCAGUAGGUUAUUUCGCCAUCGGCAAGAAAAAGUUCAGCAUCGUCUGACGUGGGAAGGAAGCAAGUGUUGUCUUGUGAAAGUGUUCCCUAAUAAACCAUAUAAAGAAAUUAAUGGACAAAAUAGUGAAAAGUUUAUUGAAAAAUUGUGGUUUGAGUCUAAAUUUAUGUAAAAUUGUUGGAAUAUAGAAAAAUUCAAUCAUUGUUAGUUGGAAUAAAGUGCUAAUGAGCAGACAUCCUGACGUAAUCGAUACUGGAUUCCGCAGCUAACGCAUAGGAAACUUAACAACAGUGACGACGACAACAACGACGACGACGACGACGAUCAGCAGAUCGCUGUACGCAGAGCAAUUAUCGUCGCGAGCAGCAGUCCCUUCGUUGCUUGACACGACGAUCAGUUCACAGAAGUUCGUCAAUCUGUCAGCAUCACUUUUUUUCCCACUCUAUCCGAGAACAGCCCUGGAGGAUGCCCCAGACAAUCCGCGGUUUCGUGAUUUAGGAUUGGUCUGUUAACGAGUUUGUUGUGUUGACUACCGGCGCAGCAAACGUCGGAUUUGAUCAAGGUCAUCCAGAAAAGAAAGAAAAAAUAUAGCCCUUAGGCAAAAAGUGAGUGUGCGAGUGAAUCCAAGCAAAUAUCAGAAAUAUUCCAUAAAAUAUUAGUGUUACCAAUUGCGCGGCGAAACCGCCAGUAGAUAAUCUACUAUUCAAAAAUAAGUGUAAUUAAAAUAAUCCUAAGGUAAAACGUUUACUGUCAGAUUGUAGCAAACAAUCUAGUGCUUCAAAAAUGUUUAUCGAAGAAGAUGUCCACAUGGAAAGCUUCUGGGUGCAGACCGCCAUCGGGGCGAUCAAGAUCAUCGCCAUGGUCUACGACAUCAUCACUAUGCCGAUCUACUUAAUCCUUCAGCGACCCUGGAAGCGGAGAGCGCUAGCCAAACGGAUCAAGGCUAAAAUAAUCCAACAGGAUGCCACCUCGAUCACGUACCGUGGCGUCGACUCGCCCAACGAGAUGCACAUCAAGAUGCUGCAGAACAACAUCGACACGCUGGAGCGGAUGUUCAAUUUCGUGACGAAGGUGCACAGUACCAAGCGUUGCAUCGGAACGCGCAAGAUCAUCAGCGAGGAGGACGAGAUGCAACCGAACGGGCGGGUGUUCAAGAAGUUCAACAUGGGUGACUACAUGUGGCGUAACUUCAUCGAGACGGAAUAUGCGGCGGCCUGUUUCGGACGGGGUUUGCGCGAGCUGGGUUCGCAACCCCGCGAGAACAUAGUGAUCUUUGCCGAAACGCGAGCCGAGUGGUUGAUUGCGGCCCACGGGUGUUUCAAGCAGAACAUGCCGCUGGUUACGAUCUACGCCACGCUCGGCGACGAAGGCAUCACCCACGGUAUCAACGAAACGGAAGUGACGACGGUGAUAACGUCGCACGAGCUGCUGCCCAAGUUCAAAACGGUGCUGAAGGUAACGCCGAGCGUGAAGAGGAUCAUUUUCAUGGAAGACCAGCUGCACAAGAGUGACACUACCGGUUUCAAGGAGGGGGUAGAGAUCAUUCCGUUUUCGAAGGUGGUAGAGCUAGGAGAUAAAAGUAAGAUUGCUGGUUGUUCACCCACGGCCGACGAUACCGCCAUCAUCAUGUACACUUCCGGCUCCACCGGUACCCCGAAGGGAGUCCUACUGUCGCAUGCUAACUGCAUCGGGACGAUGAAGAAUUUCUGCGAUAUCUUCAAAAUCUAUCCGGACGAUGUGCUGAUCGGAUUUCUGCCGCUGGCUCACGUGUUCGAGCUGUUGGCCGAAAGUGUCUGUCUUUUGACCGGUGUCCCGAUUGGAUAUUCCACCCCACUGACUCUGAUCGAUUCCAGUUCGAAGAUCAUGCGUGGCUGCAAGGGUGACGCUUCGGUGCUGAAACCGACCUGCAUGACAUCAGUACCGCUCAUCCUGGAUCGCAUUUCGAAAGGUAUCAACGCAAAAGUGAACGCCGAAACACCAAUGAAAAAGGCUUUCUUCAAGUUUGCCUACAAGUACAAAUCGAAGUGGGUUGCACGAGGAUUCCAGACACCAAUUUUGGACAAAAUCAUCUUCAAGAAGAUUGCCCGGUUACUUGGGGGACGUAUUCGCAGUUGCAUGUCCGGUGGUGCUCCGCUGGCUCCGGACACCCACGAGCAGAUUUCACUGUGCCUGUGUGUGGACAUGAUCCAGGGAUACGGACUAACGGAAACGUGUGCUGGAGCUACCGUAACGGACAAAUGGUGCAUGGAGUACAGCGUGGUUGGAGCACCAUGCUCAAGCAACGACAUCCGGCUAAUCAACUGGGAGGAAGGUAACUAUCGCGUGACGAACAAACCAUACCCACAGGGUGAGAUUGUUGUUGGAGGAACUACCGUGUCGAAGGGUUACUACAAAUUGCCGGGUAAAACCGAAGAGGAAUUCUUCGAAGAAGACGGUCAGCGGUGGUUCCGAACGGGAGACGUCGGUGAAGUCCAUCAUGAUGGUGUACUGAAGAUCAUCGAUCGCAAGAAGGACCUCGUCAAACUGCAAGCCGGAGAAUACGUUUCGCUCGGUAAGGUGGAAGCCGAACUGAAGACGUGUCCGGUGGUUGAGAAUAUUUGUGUUUACGGUGAAUCAACGAAGCAGCACACGGUGGCCUUGGUGGUACCGAAUCCUCAGCACUUGGAAGAAAUUGCCGAACGGCAAGGUCUCAAGGGUAUGGAGUUUGAUCAACUGUGCAGUUCGCCAGUGAUGGAGAAAGCCGUGGUGCAGGAAUUGGCGGAUCACGGAAAGAAAUGUAAACUACAUCGCUUCGAGAUCCCCACGGCGGUAACACUCUGUAAGGACAUCUGGACGCCGGACAUGGGUCUGGUAACGGCCGCCUUCAAGCUGAAACGCAAAGACAUCCAGGAGCGGUACAAGAACGAAAUCAGCCGAAUGUACGCGUCGUAGACGGUCGAGGUCCGCCGGUGGAUGGAUGGCGGGGGGUGAGGGAAUCGAUGAGCGGCCUCGAUGCCGAUCGACGACCUCGCAAACAAACAUAAUUUUCGGCGAAUAUAAAUUGUAGCUUCAAACAUCACCACAACACAACUUCAGGACGCGAUGGGCGCGUACCGGAUCACACACACACACACACACUACGUUACCGUCUGUCUAACUACCAGUUGCGGGCGGGUUUGCGGCGGUGGCGGUUUUAAUUGUGUGACCCAAACGAAGCCAUCGGUCUUCAUCCGGUUGUUAUCAGCAUCAUCAUAAUUACCUAGAGUCAGCGUAGAAUGGAUAGAAAAGAGUGAAAGAGUUUUUUUGAAUCGAUUUCGGGAAAAUCGAUUAAUUGUAUAGAGAUAAUUGACAAUGUUUGUCAAACUUUUGUUUUCUUUUCGUUUGUCAUGGAAUUUCGUAAGCGGAAAUUAGUUUGUUUUUUUUUUCUUUUGUUUUGUUAUUAUUCUUCUUCUCUUUGAUUUUGUUAUUUACCUGUAGUACGAGCAAACAAUAAAGAAAAUAUUGUACAUAUUUCUACUUUUUGUCUCUCAACUUGUUUGUUUGGCCGCCACACGCUAUGAGGCAACAUAAAACUAUAAACUAAUCGAAUGCGAGAAAAGUAAAUUAAGGUGACUGAGUGUGGUGUGCAAAAUGGAAACAGUAGCGUGUGAUUUCGCUGCCCAGUGGAUCACAGUUUGAUCAGUGUGCUUGAGAGCAAAACUGGGGAAGGGCAUUGUAAUCACAAACAAGUAGAUAUGGUUAAUACUAACAAAUUGAAACCUUCAACCUUAGUGUAUCUAAUCCCUAUCUUGGUAAGUCCUAGGAAAAAGAAUUUGUUCAUAAGAUGAACACAGGAAAAUAAUCUUUCGCAUAAGCAGAGGGCAAGAGAAAACCGUGAACCUACUUUCCGUAUAUGUAAAUAAUAAAAAAAGACUCCAUCAACUAUUUCAUAGUUGGAGUCGGUUUUCAAUAUCUUUUAAUUAUGACAAAAUGACGACUGAAUGUGUCUGAUUAGAAAGUAAUGUAGUUAAUUCCUAUUAGGUGGAUUUUUAUUGCACUAGAGAAAACAUUUUGUAAAUAGUAAAAUGCUUUGCGUUUAAUUACUUUCGUUCUCUUCUGGCUAGGGUGCUAUAACGAACUCCGGGUAUUCAGUUUGCUAUAAAACGCUUCGGUUUGCUAUUCUGACGGAUAGAGGGCGAACGUCGUUUCUAGUGUUGUCAUGUAAAAGCCGAUUAUGGUAGACGAUAGCCCAUGGCCUGCAGGUUUACAGUUUCAUAGAAGUCUUGUUUUUUUUAAUUAUCGAGCUGUAUGAGAUCAGGAUUCCCAAUGUUAAAAACCAUGACCAUCAGGUUUUUUUACCGAUUGAAUCGAAACACUUGAAAUUGUUGGCUAGGGUCGUAUGAAAUAAACACGUGUUUGGUCGAGUAUAUGCCAAAAUCAAACAAAGGUUUUCCAGAAACAGGAACUUAUUUGGAAGUUUUCGGAAGAAUAAUAGUUUGAUGAUCAAGUUUAAUCCAAUCUCGGGUUUAGUGUUGAUAGAUUUUUAAACUUUGAUUAAGUCCUGUAGGUUGACGUUACUUGGAAGUUUUGGAAUGUCCAAAAACAUUGCAAUGGUUUCGAAUUAGACUGGCGAAUGUGUGCCCUACUUCGUGGGAAUAGAACGGAAACGUCGUGGCACCACAUCUUUCCAUAUCAUUGUUAUGUUCAAUUCUAACGUGACGAGACAGCAGUAUUCCUUGUAAGACUGCACCGGCGACAUAAAGGAUAACUUCAAUCGAAAUGAAAAGCAAUUAUAUUCAACCAUUGACUAAGCAGCACUAAUGAGUAUGUAUUAUUUGGUCUAAGUUAAAGCCCUAUAUACUGCUUGUUGUUUUGCGGAUCGGUUUUCAGUUGAUAGGAUUGUAGUCUAGAAAAAAAAUAAGACAAAAUAAUCAAAGGAACGGAGUCGAUGAAAUUGAAACACAUCCAGUGGACACAAUAAAAGGCUAGAUAUAAUAGAGGAAUGGAUUAGUUUAGUUUAGGAUGGUAGUAACACGAACGAAAGGAAGCAGCACGUAAAUUUCAUUAUCUUUACUGGUCCUACGUAAAACUCAGAUGGCGAAAUAUAUAGAACAAAGAAUA